CUGCACUGGCUGUGCAGAGUGUGCAGUGGUCUAAUCGUCGUGAGGAAGGAGAAGUAACCACACAAUCACCAAGAGCCCAACAAAGACACUACAUACACCAGAAGAGUGGUUUUUAUGAUUGUGAUGUGUGGUUGCGUGUUUACACGAGUCCUCAACAUCACCCAAUGGAACUUUAAAACACGUUCUUUCACUCAUCCUUAGGUGUGUGAGUCUGGUAAAAUGAAACGACCCUGCGCAUUUAUUCGACCACUAGUUUCUAUGGUGUGCAUUGGUGUACAUUCCCGAGGCUUUACAUGGGCAAUAGACCAGUGUUAGAAGUCAACUAAUGGAGCAAUCAUCAUUCCACUCCAUCCAAAUCCAUCAGCAGCACCAGAAGAAAGGGCCUCCCUCUCAACUCCCCUAAUUAAAAUUGUUUGUUGUCCUCAAGAAAUUGUUUACAGUACAAAAGUGCAAUUGUUUGAGGAUUGCCAGUGCUGGACAGUAAUGGGCUGUUUGUCGUUGUGAACAAUUGUAUGUGCAAACUCUUCUGAUUGUGAUUAUGGUGAAGAUGAAAUGAUGGAGAAGAUAAUCAGUCAUGGACAACUGUAAAAUACGAGUGUGGUGAUAAUUAGUGGUGAAUUUGAUGUUAAUUGUGAAAAAAAUUAUUCAAUUGCUCCUCCAGGGUCUGGGCGUUUAGGUUAAGCCCUUAUGUAUGUUGUUUACACGCCCCCCAAUGUCUGAUUUGUCAUGAGAGGACACUCGUUAGACACGAGUUUAUGGGCUUGGGUGUGACAAUAACGGAAUGAGUUAAUUUAAUGAAUAGGUGUGCAGUGACUGUCGUUAUUGUGUAGGAAUUUGUGAAGGUGAAGAGAUCGAGUUUUUUUUUCGUGAAAAUUGUUGGGGAAAUUGCGAGGGAAUAAUGAUGAGUACGUGGACUGAGAGAAUGCACAGGAGGGCUGCCACCCUUGGCAAUGUUGUCACGAGUUGUGGACAUCCCAGCUCGGUGCCACCGUAUCCGAGGAGACUCGAAAAGGUGAAGUUUGGAGUUCCACUCGACGAAGUCUGCAAGAAUGAUAUUCCUGGUCCAUUACUGGUUCUUAUUCUGAAACUCAAUAAAGAGGCUCCACAUCGGAAGGAUGUAUUCCGAGCGCCAGGACAUCAGGGGAACAUGAAAAAAUUGAUACAUUUUCUUCAGACUGGCCGAUUAGUUAACAUUGACAACUUCAGUGUUUACACGAUAGCCAGUGUGCUGAAGAAAUUUUUGCGUAAAAUUCCUGGUGGAGUGUUUGGGCGCGAGGGUGAGCAGCAAUUGUUCACGAUUAUACAACUGGAUAGUAUCGAGCAACAACGGGACCAGAUACAUAAGUUAAUCACUUCAUUACCAAUAUACACCCAACGCCUGCUGGUACUACUCUUCGGGACGUUCAGGGUAGUUGCAGUAAAUAGCGAACGAGCUAGAACGGGAAUGUCGAGUGAAGCCCUUGGUGUUUCUGUCGCACCUUCGUUCUUUCAAAGCUGCGUGAGUGAUGGAAAAACUGCUAAAAUGGAAGAUGUCUUGAGGUUCAAGGUUGCAACUCGAGUUAUGAAAUUCAUGAUUGAUAAUUUUGGUGUGUCGAAUCUCUUUGGACGUGAGAACUACGAAUUCUACGCGCGAAUCACUGGACGAAUACUCAAGGUCGACGAAGAUUGGAUAUUUAGUUUUAGAUAUCCACCGGAUUCUCUUGUAUCAAGACAAUUGUCCCUAGAAGCUGAAAAAACAUGGCUGCAAUAUGAAUGCGAACGUUGGGGACUGAAAUUUAAUUUGGAAUCAAUGUCGCAUCAGGAGGAGUCCCAAUCGACGCCCGCGUUGAUUCACGUACCAGAGACUAUAGAGCUAACAUCGUCCUUGGGAAUGAUCCCAGAGAACACCCUCCUCGAGAGUUACACAAGGCUAUCAGUGAGCCUCGAGGAAAAUGGCCUCUUUCAGGCAUCCAGCAGAUCCUCAAGCAACGGUAGUCAUCAUUCACGCCACGGAGACAUAAUGACCCUAGACGAACUGAGGGCAGUUAACCGUUAUGCUGAGAGCACAAAGAGCCUCAGUUAUCUGCCACAGGUGCACGAGAGGCAAACAGCACGUAUGCGCACCAGGUCUGAGUGGUUUUUGACACCGGUUGGGGAGAGAUUAACUGGAACUGAUAGUGAUCCAACUGCUAUACACAUUCUUAGGGGAUCCAAUCGCUCGUCGUCGGGAAAUAUCGCAACAGGUCUGAGUGCCAGUGCUGAGUCUGUAAAGCGUCCGAGUCUUCGUCGAACUGCCUCGAGAGAGAAAUCCCGUUUGCACCGUAGCUCAUCUCGUAGAAACAAGGAGAACGGUGCAAAGUGUCGAAGUGACUCGGGAAAGUCACGUUCUCUCGAAGCAAUGAAGAUGAAGAGAGUCUCCAUGGACCAGCCAACGGAGAAAUUUCUUAAAAACAGUGAGGAACUCUCCAACGAGGUUGACAAAAAUGUGGAAAUGCCAAUUGGUCCACAGGACUGCACUGAAAUGGACGUCCAGACAUUCCACGUCACUCUUACAUACAAACCUCGUAUAUGAAAGAAACAAUAGGAUUAAUAAUUUACAUAAUCCAAAGUAAACUGGCAAAAUGGAUAGUAACACUAAAUGAAUUUAGAUCUCACAAAUCUAACGACAUCUGCAAGAUAAAAUUGAGGAAAACUAGAGAAUUGUAGGGAAAAUUCUUUCACCCGUGGAACCCAACAAUAAUUCUAGUGAAGCAGUUCACCUAAUUAGCUCCGAAAUAUAUAGUAAUCGAAGUAGAAGAGAUUCUUCACCGGGAAUUCAACUAGUGCAGAAUUUUUUUAAUUUAUCGAAUAGUAAAGAAGAGAUGAAAAAACUCGUCUUCGAUUCCCUCCAGUAACCACCAGAAUACGAUAAUAUCGAUCUUGGGACUUGCAAAUCAAUUUAUUGUAUCGUUCAAACUACAGACAUCGAUAUUUAACGAAGAAAUGCAACAAAAAAGUUUUUGUAAUAGUUUGACGAUUAAUUCGCAAGCGUUCACUGUAUGUCCAAUAAUUGUCGAUUCGAUUUUUUUAUAUUGACUGGAAGAUAUGACGAUUAUGUGGACACUAGGGAGGCAUUUCAAGCUCAUUCCAUAACGAGUAAAGUUAACAAUUCAAUAUUAUUGUUAAAAAUUCCUGUCGUGAAGUGAUAAAAACGAACGAAGAAAAUCUAAUAUAUUUUGCGAAGAUUUAUGAAAUUGAUGAGUUUUGAGAAAAAAAUCGAAUGAUCUUUUUAUUAAGAGAUUUUUAUGAUAUGCAUACCAAGAUUGUAUACAUUGGAUUUUUUAAUUUUUAUUUAAGUAACAAAUUAUGCUGGUGUUGAUUGUUUUUUUUUUAUUUAGAAGAUUUUUGUGUUUUUUAUUUAUCGAUUAAUGUACAAUGGGUUAUUACAAUCGAAUAUAUGAAAAAAACGUGAAUUUCGUCGGUGAGGGUGUAGAAUAUCCUGAAAUCCUUUGCCAUCGGACAAAAUCCUUUUGUAUGUUAACUUAUCAGCAAUCACAAAAAUUUUUUGAGAUCCUCAAACAUUUUUUAAGAAAAAUAUUUUGCUCUGAGCUCGUUGUAUUUUAUUACUUCACAACAGUUUUGUAAAACUCUCGUCAUUCCAACUGCAUUUUCAUUCUUCCACUAAUAAUAAUUUCAAAUGACUAAUAUUACUAUUGCAUAAUACACAGCAGAAAAACGUUAUAUAUUUUUUCAAAUUUUCGUUUUUUUUCUUCGUCUAAAAUUAGUUUAUAAAUCUAGCAAAUAAUUUGGGAUGCGCAUUAGUCAUCAAAUGUUUGUUAAUAUUUAUGAUUUAUUUAUUUUGUCAUUUCUCGGUUAUGAAAGCCCAUAAAAAUUGGCGAAGAUUUUAUCGGUAACCGAGCCAACAAUAAUUAUUUUAUAUAUUCAAUCCAAUACUUUAAUUGUUUAUCGUUCACAAACUGUUCAAUCUUUUCUGCGGAAAGGAUCUAAUAGGAAACAAUUAGGAGAAAAUAGAGGGAAAAAUUGAUAAAAUAGGAGAAAAUUUUGAUAUUUGAUAUGAGCUGUCAGUACGAUAUUAAAUGGUCAUUGUAUUCCCACUAAUGUUUGUAUGCUUGCGACGUUUAAUACAUGUUAGAGAAGACAGUAAACUACGAAAAUCGUGAUCACGUGGUCAAGGGAUAUUUAUAAAUAUUUGAACUUUUAUACUUUUCAUUAAUUACUAAUAUUGUGAGAACAACAAUAUUUAUCUGUGCCCUUGGUUAUUGGUACCUAUAUUGACUAAAACAAGACAAUUACUGUCUCAUAAUCAAUUCAUAGAAUACAAAGAGUAAUUAGUAUCUGACAUACUACUAGAUAUAUUUCCGUUUUAGAGAGCCAUAAUUAAUAUAAUUUCAACAGGGAAGUGGUAAAACGAUUCCGUCGAUUCAACUUGUAACUGAGUUCCAAGAAAUAUCUCCGGAUGUGAGGAAGAUGACGGCAUUUUUGUAAUAACCAGUUCUAGAGAGAGAAUUGGGAUAUAAAAAAUUAACAAAAAUCUCGACAUCUUCUUUGGCUUUAGAUGGUCAUUAACAAUUGUUGUUAACUGGCCAAUAGUCAAAAUCAGUUUGAACUGUUUUAUCGCUUCACUACUGAUUCAUAUCAUCUUUUUAUUUUUAUCUAUAAUCCCUGUUCAUUUAUUUACACAACAUUUUAUUUAUAAUUUAUUGCACCAAAGAGCUCAUUACAUACAGAUGAUUAUUUGUUUAUUUACCAGUGAAGCGAUGAAUUGAAUGAGGUGAAGUAUUGAAGCACAAAAAUAUUUAUUAAUUUAUCACGAUUUUUUUCCCGUUGUCAGAACAUUAGGAGAAUUGGUAUGAACUCGUUCUAGAGGAAGUCCUUAAAUAUAAUCCUUGUAAAUCGGGUCAGAUAUUUUUAUGUAAGACUUCAGAUUUUUUAUAAGAAAAGUCAUUAUUGGUAGGGACUUUUCAUAAUAUACAUUUUUUAAGGGUGAAAUAUUUAAUAUAAAAAUCAAUUUAAUAUCAGAAGUGAAUACAUUUUUUGCAUUUCCCUUUGUGAUAAUAAUUUCUCAAUCUGAUAGUCAAUAAACUUUCCACCAGGAAUUCUUCUAAAACAAUUUCAUUAAACAACUUCCGACAUGACAAACUGUGAUUUUCAAAUUCAAAAAAAUCGUUUCUCAGUCAUUUCAAUAAACAAAAUCCGAUAAUUGCUUUUCAUUGAGGAUUUCAUCGAUAUUGCAACGUGAAAUAAAUUUUUUAUAAGCGCAACCAAACAAAACAAAUAUGUGAUUUUAUCAUUGGGUUGACCUCAAGACUGGUUUCAGGACCACAAUAAUUAUUAAAUAUUAAUUAAAUGACUCGAAUGCACUGAUUUCAUUUAUUCUGUAUAAUUAAUUAAGAAGUCCAUCAUUUUGUAAUCGAAUUAUUGUAAUAGAAAAAUAUAGAGACACAUUAUAACCAGUAGCUUGGUAAGUUGAACAGCGAGCAGGACACAACUUUAAUCGAAAUAUUUCGUGGUCCAAAAAUAUGCCAAAGUUACGAACAUAUUCAUGAGUAAUUAUCGAGAGAUGAAUCACAUUUAGAAUGAGUCAUGUAAUUUAUUUAUGCAAAAUUCACGAAAUCAGUAACGAAGUGAUGCCACCCAACAAAUCAUUUUUGAUUAUUGAGCAGUUUUUUAUAAAUAUCUCGACAUCCAAGGACGAUAGCAAAAUUUUCAUUGGGACCUUUUUUGUGGAGCGAAUCCCGUAUUACAAAAAAGUCCCUACGCGAAAUUCGCCAUCUCUCUUAGAUUCGGAGAUAUUCGCCAACAAGUCGACUCAGAGAGAAGGCAAUUUAUCUCGUGUUGUCACUUCGCUACUGAAAUGUUUAGCUCACGUAUUCCACGUUUAUUAAUAUUUACAAUAUGAAUUUAUUACUCUUUUUAUAUUCGCAAAGAAAUUAUUACCAAUGCAUUUACCGAAGGAAGCGAAUCAUUUUCGAAUUUUGUAUUUAUGAGCAGUAGCAGAUAAAUACGUCGGAAAAAUCUGAAAAAAAUUUAGAAGAUGUCAUCCACCCCCUCCAAUAUAAAUUCAUAGGUGAAGCAUUAGGUGAUUAGUGGAUUGAUAGACUGGCAACUGAAAUUCCGCAAAAAUGUAAAUACCAAAAAAAAUCCAUAAUGAUUAUGUACAUCAAUUCAACCGUUUUAAUUAUCCCCACAUCAAUUUAACUAAAAAGAUGUCCCGGUCCGUAUCAGCCCGAUCUCCCUCGAACAUAAAAUACCUCAUGUAGACAAAAAUAUCCAAAAGAUUUCGCUCAAUGGCUCAUAAUCUUUAAAAUACAGGGGCUAAUGAGGCCUCAUUUAUUGAUGUAAAAGCGAUUGUGCCAAACAUCGAAGAGUGAUUUAUCCUGUUUAAUUUUUUUUGAUCCAUGAAUUCGCAUUUAUCCCAUUCAAUUUUCAGUGUUCACAAGUAUAAGCGGUAGUGUGUGUAUCCAAUGUAACGAACAUGAGAGGAUUCAUUUCCGAAAACAUAACUAAAAACGAGUGGAGGAGGUGCACUCGAUAUUUAUUACCAAAAAAUGUUUCGUUCUGAAUUAUAUUUUAAGGAGUAUAUAUAUCACUGAUUUAUUAAUUUUUAUUUAUUUUCUGUUUUAUUUAUUCAUGAAGAAUGUACACAAAGUUCAGUAACUCAGCCAUAAAAUGUAAAAAAAAUUCUAAAAGAAGAAAUUCCAUACUCCAAGUGAAAUUUUUUCUCACUUCCUUUUGUUUAAUCAUCACUCUCUCUCUGCCGAAAUAUAUUUCUAUUGUAUACAUUCGAUUAUUCACGUAUUUCGAUGUAUUUUAAACUAUAUUGUAUAUGGAGGAAUAAUACAUAAAACCUACAAAUGCCGAA